AUGCAUUGGUGUCUCCUCCUGAUCUGGGCCCAGGGGCUGAGGCAGGCCCCCCUCCCCGCCUCAGGAGCCAUGACGGGCACAGUAGUCACAAAGGGGAACAUUUCUGCAGAGGAAGGUGGCUCUGUCAUCUUACAAUGCCACCUCUCCUCCAGCACAGCUGAAGUGACCCAGGUCCACUGGGAGCAGCAGGACCAACUUGUGGCCAUUUGUCAUGCUGAGUUAGGGUGGUACAUCUACCCAGCCUUCAGGGAGCGAGUGUCUCCGGGCCCCAGCCUGGGCCUCACCCUCCAGUCGCUGACCAUAAACGACACUGGGGAGUACUUCUGCAUCUAUUAUACCUUCCCUGAUGGGAUUUACAGAGGGAGAAUCUUUCUGGAGGUCCUAGGAAGCUCAGUGGCUGAGCACAGCACCAGCUUCCGGAUCCCAUUGUUUGGAGCCAUGGCCACACUGCUGGUGGUCAUCUGCACAGCAGUCAUCGGGGUGGUCGCACUGGCUAGAAAGAAGAAAUCUCCCAGCAUCCAUUCUGCAGAAAGUGGCCUCCGGAGAAGUCCAGUUGAAGAGGAGGAAAGGAGUCCCAGCGUUCCCCCAGCCUCUGGAAGCUGUGUGCAGGCAGGAGCUGCCCCCGCUGGCUGCUGCAGGGAGCAGAGGGGAGAGGACUAUGCUGAGCCCCACGACUACUUUAACGUCCUGAGUUAUAGAAGCCUGGGGAGCUUCAGCUUCCCCCCAGAGACUGGUUAG